GGCGAGGCGCAUGCGCCUCAGAGCUUCCCGGGGGGCCGGCACUCCCGGGAAGGUUCUGUUGAACCCGUUUACCCGGGCACUGUUCACUGUUGCUGCUGCUUGCGGUCCUUGCGGUCCUCCUCCUCCUCCUCCUCCUCCUCCUCCUCUCCUCUGGGGAGCACUGCUGGCUCCGGGCUUCAGCAUCUCUUUCAAUCGAUGCCAUGAUCAGGGAGGAGCUGUCUUCAUCUUAUCAAGAGCUAAAUGAAGAUCUGGAUCAAGUGGUUGAGAACUCAGACAGAACGGAGGAAAACGAAAGGAAGGAAUCCAAAGACAAAGGCUCAGGCAUUUUGCCAGUCCUAGACAGCGAAUCUGUCAUCAACAGCAUCCGCUUCAGCAAGGCCUGCCUAAAGAAUGUGUUUUCAGUGCUGUUAAUCUUCAUUUACCUGCUGCUCAUGGCCGUGGCUGUCUUCUUGGUCUACCAGACCAUCACUGAUUUCCGGGAGAAGCUCAAGCAUCCGGUCAUGUCUGUCUCCUACAAGGAGGUGGAUCGUUACGAUGCACCAGGUAUUGCCCUGUAUCCUGGGCAGGCUCAGUUGUUAAGCUGUAAGCACCAUUAUGACGUCAUCCCCCCUUUGAACAGACCCGGGCAGCCAGGAGACGUGGACUGUACCACCAAGAGGAUUAAUUACACGGACCCUUUCUCCAACCAAACCAUGAAAUAUGCUCUGAUUGUCCAGGGACCCCGGGAAGUAAAGAAGAGGGAGCUGGUCUUCCUUCAAUUUCGCCUGAAUGAAACCAGUGAGGACUUCAGUGCCAUUGAUUACCUCCUCUUCUCUUCUUUCCAGGAGUUUGUGCGGAGCCCAGACAAAGUACGCUUCAUGCAGGACUGUGAGAGUGCCUAUUCCAGCUGGAAGUUCUCUGGAGGUUUCCGGACCUGGGUCAAAAUGUCACUUGUGAAGACGAAAGAAGAAGAUGGACGGGAAGCUGUGGAGUUCCGGCAGGAGACAAGCGUGGUGAACUACAUUGACCAGAGGCCAGCAGAGGAAAGAAGUGUCCAGCUGUUCUUUGUGGUCUUUGAGUGGAAAGAUCCCUUUAUUCAGAAAGUCCAGGAUAUCAUCACUGCCAACCCAUGGAACACAAUUGCUCUUCUUUGUGGGGCCUUCUUAGCAUUAUUCAAGGCGGCAGAGUUUGCCAAGCUAAGUGUGAAGUGGAUGAUCAAAAUUCGAAAACGCUAUCUGAAAAGGAAAAGUCAAGCAGCCAACCACAUCAGCUGAAAGUGCGUCUGCACGAUGGUGUUUACACACUGGGUAGAGCUGUGAACUUGAGGGAUGCUAACACCCCAGCUGUGACCCGCCAGCUGGUCACCACUAACUCUGCAUUUGCCUGAAUGGAUAUUUGUUAUGCUUAAGUGACAGUUUGGGAAAACCACCCUUCUGAUUUGGCCCAAGAGGAGGCUGACUGGUGCUGAGGAUAGAUCCAAAGGCAACUCCUAAAGUUAUUUAAAUGUUUUAAGUUAUUAAUGAAUCAUCUAAAAAUUGGACCAAUUUGCAAAUUGAGGUGGGAGUUCAGAGAGCUCAACCAAUGACCAAUUAAUUGUGUAAGAUGCUGUGACAUGUCUUUCUCUGUGUUUGAGAUGCACUUCGACACUCCUCAACGAUUCUGAUGGAACACAACUGCUUAAAAAGCCUGUAGUGAAUUGGGGUCUCAUUACUUAAGAUGGUUAUAAGUGCUCUGAGAAAAUCAGAUUUUUCUUUCCAUUCACAAGAACAGCAGUUCUUAGACCUGAGUCUAUGCACUUGUCCUACAGUACAUUAUUUCCCAUCAACAUGAGAAUGUCAGCAGCUGACAAGCUUUUUCAUGUGAAAUAUGAAGUGACAUAUUUUUAAAAGCUACUUGAAAUGAGUGAUUAAAUAUCUUCUGAAUGACCAUUCA